CCACACCCACCAGGGCCACGCCCCUGCCACGUAAAAGACCUCCCACCUGCCCAAAUUGGGAACAAGAGGCUGCUUCUCUCCUGCUCUUGGGAUGAUGAGGAACCGUCGGAGCCCAACCCGGGCAUGCAGGCCACUGCAGAGCCCAGCUCCAGUGAAACCGACAAGGAGGCGUUGUCCCCGGUGGUGGCUGCCACAGCCACCUCCUCCUCCAUGGGGGAGGAGCCAGGCCCUGACCGGGCAGCCACACCCCCAGUGUGGGACCGUGGAGGGCCCGGAGGGACACAGCAAGUUGCCGCUGCCCCCGUCCCAGAUAGCUGCCAGCCAGGCCCUGGACCCAGCCCUGGCUCCACCAGCACAAUCCCCGGGACCAGCGAGGACCUGCGGCUUCCCAGACGUCGCCCGACACCAGGGAAGCAGAUUCCCUGCUCCAGCCCCGGCUGCUGCCUCAGUUUCCCCAGCAUUCGCGACUUGGCCCAGCAUCUGCGUACCCAUUGCCCACCCACACAGUCCCUGGAAGGCAAGCUGUUCCGAUGCUCCACCCUGAGCUGUACGGAGACCUUUCCCAGCAUGCAGGAGCUGGUGGCUCACGGGAAGCUGCACUACAAGCCCAACCGCUACUUCAAGUGUGAGAACUGCCUCUUGCGCUUCCGCACGCACCGCUCGCUCUUCAAGCAUCUGCACGUUUGCGCGGAGCACGCCCCCCCACGCCUGCGCCCCUUCCUGGCCGCCUCGCCCGGGCCGCCAGCCUCUAACGCCGCCGUUUGGAAAAAGAGCCAAGGUGCUGGCGGCAGCCCGCGGAGACCCCAGGGCGGCUCCGAUGCGCCCUCAGAGGGCCGGGGGCCGGGGGCAAGGGGCGCGGCCGAGGCUCAGGCGCCCCCUCUUCUGCCCCACCCAGACUCGGCCCCGCUUGCGUCCAAGUCCAAGGUGUCACCGCUGCUGUCGGAGGGGGAUCCGGUUUUCUCACCGCUCUGAACCCCACCGCGCUGGGGGUGGGGCUGGGCCCUGGGGUGUGCAUAGUUUUGUAAUUUGGGGAGGGAGGACAAUAAAGGAGGCGGUUGAGCCCGCAGCCUGUGCUGUGUCUGG